UGCUGCAGCGGCCUGGUGGACGCGGGCGUGAGUGUGAUGGGCAGCCUGGCGGCCCCUGAGGUGACGGGCGCCAUCCGGCUGUCGCGCGGCAUCGCGUACCUGUCGCAGGAGAAGGACAGGGCCGACACCCCCUCCCCCUCCUCCGUGCCCUCCUCCCUGCUGCCCGCCCACCGCCGCAAGUCACCUGCACUCUCUGCUCCCACCAGUGCCGCUCCUGCCAAUUCAGCAGCACCGGAUUGGCUGCCUGCCAUGUCAUCGGCGGCCGCGUCUACAGCCAUGAAGCUGCCGCCUUCAGCCCCAGAGCAAGAAAGCACAUCUGCACUGCUAUCGUCCACCAGUGCCACUGCCACUUCUGCUAACUCUGCUGCUGCCGUGCCGCCUGCAACACUGCCAGCGCCCCCUGACCUCGCAUCCGCCCCCUCGGCGCCCGCCGCGCUGGUGCGGCUGAGGGGGCUGCAGGUGGCGCUGGGCCCGGAGCUGCGCGUGGUGUAUCCGCUCAUCCUCAACCUCGCCACGCGCGGCGACCUCGAGCUCAAUGGCUUCGCGGAGCCGCACCUUGUGCGCCCCUCUGGCACUCUCUUCUUCGAGAACGGCGAAGUCAACCUCGUUGCCACCCAGCUGCGGCUGAACCGCGACCACCCCAACUGUGCGCGGUUUGAGGCGGCGCUGGGCAUGGACCCGGUGCUGGACCUGAAGCUGGUGGGGGCGGACUGGCAGAUGCGCAUCCAGGGGCCCGCCAACCGCUGGCAGGACCACGUGGUGCUCACCACGCUGCCCAGGGGCGGCGAGGAGGAUGUGCUGUCGCCCGCGGAGGCCGCCAGGCUGUUUGAGAGCCAGCUGGCGGAGUCGCUGCUGGAGAAGGACGGCCAGCUGGCACUCAAGAAGCUGGCCGCCGCCACCGUGGAGACCCUCAUGCCCAAGAUCGAGAGCCGCGGGCAGUUCGGGCAGGCGAGGUGGCGCCUGGUGAGCGCGCCGCAGAUCCCCAACCUGCUCUCGCUGGACCCCACCUCCGAUCCCUUCCAGUCACUUGCCAACCUCUCCUUCGGCGCCGAGGUGGAAAUCCAAAUCGGCAAUAACCUCCAGGCAUCUGUGGUCCGGCAACUGCGCGAGAGUGAGAUGGCAACUCAAUGGAAACUGCUUUACCAGCUCAACUCCCGUUUACGACUUCUCUUCUCGUCAUUGUCGUCUAUGGAAAAACGGUUGUUGUUUGAAUAUUCCGCGUCGUCGCAAAAUUGACUAUUGUGGUGCUAAGGGCGAAUUCCUACAAAGUUGCAUCAGAAUCAGAAACGCGUGUAACUGAAAUGAACCACACUGAAACGCGAUUCAAACACUCGCACCGCACAGUACCGCAUGAUUCUGAUCCAACUUGAUUCUGAUCCUGAAUUCCGCCCGAAGUUUGGGUGCUGAAAUGUGGAGUGUUUGGCAUGCACGUAUUGGCUGUGCGUUAGUACUCUCCUCUCCACCGUGUGUUCAAUGAUGUUGGUUUGGAGGCC